AUGCAGGAGAACUAUGAGAAUGUGACCUCGCUGGGGUUUCCUGUGUUCAGAUCCGAUGUGAUCUCCCAGGUGAAACAAACGGAAGAGCCGGGGACCCCAGUUCUCCAGGGCUUAGAAGAAAGAGAGAUUCUGAUGGCCACCUGUUCAGCAGGUGAUGGGAUGCUGAGUGAGAAUAUGGAGCAGAAUUCUCAGCAGGAAGAUGCUCAGCAAGUGGAAUCACAUGGGGGGUUACUGCAAGGAUCCCAAGGGAAUGUAUCCAGGCAUCAUGUGCAGGGAAAAGCCUGUGAGAGGCGGCAUAGGCCAGAGAGACAGCAGGAAAGCCAACCAGGGGAGGAAGUGGGUAAAUCCCCUAAUUGUCAAGAAACUCAGAACAACUUCAAGGAAACCACAGCCCAGCAGAGAAUCCAAACGGGAGAGAGACCCUAUAAAUGCGCUGAGUGCGGGAAGACCUUCAGUUUGAGUUCAAACCUUAUUAAACAUCAGAGGAUCCAUACAGGAGAGCGCCCCUAUGAAUGCGGCGAGUGUGGGAAGACCUUCACUCACAGCUCACACCUAACUAGACAUCAGAGAAUGCAUACUGGAGAAAGACCCUAUGAAUGCUGUGAGUGCGGGAAAACCUUCCGGUACCGCUCAGACCUUAUCACGCAUCAGAGAAUCCACACGGGGGAGAGGCCCUAUGAGUGCUGUGAGUGUGGGAAAAAUUUCAGUCAGAGCUCGAACCUUAUUAAACAUCAGAGGAUCCACACCGGAGAGAGACCCUAUGAGUGCUGUGAGUGCAGGAAGACCUUCACGCGGAGAUCAAACCUCAAUGCACAUCAGAGAAUCCACAAAGAUGCAAGACCCUAUGAAUGUUUUAUAUGGGAAAACCUCCACACUGAACUCACACCUUAUUACACAUGAGAGAAACCCUUAAAAACCUUUUCAAAGCCUGACAAAAGUUGUUGGGUUUUUUUGGUUGGUUUUUGCAUUAAUGCUUUUGUUAAUUCCCACCUAAUGAUCUUUAAGGAUUUUGGCAGAAUUAUCUUUACUGUGGUCUCUCACCUCCCCAGGUGAGUUGUUCACUUUUGUGUUUUGCUGCUCGCCCUUCCUUGGGGUGAACACUGUGGUCCUCUCUUAUCAGCUCCUGUGAGUCAUGGGAGAGCAUAUCUCUCCUGCCAAGAAUGUCCAUCAGCCAAGGUGAGGGAGAUAAGGAUGACCUUGAUUAGCUACACUGAAGCACAAUCUAUGUGGGCCUCAUCUCCACUAGGUUUUUCCCAUGCAGUUAGCUAGCUCCUGUUAGCUAUCCCAACGGAAAAAGACAGCUACUCUUGCAGGAGUGGGUGUGGUUAGCAAGCCUAUUUCCUCGUGAGCUGACCUCAUCUUUUGUGGCUUUUCAUAGUCUAAAAAAGCCCAGAACAUCACAUUUACAUUGUUCCUCCCAUUGCAAAGCAGUUGUGAGAGUCAUCAAGUUCCGCUUUGAGGAUAAAUUGCCUCAUUCCCUUUUGUUCUCACAUUGCCCUAGGAUGUGCUGAAGACCAGU